UCAAACCCUUUCACCUUCCUUCAGGGUUUUCUUCUUUCUACAUCGAUUAUCAAAUUGGACUACAGGAUUCGGAGAUACUCAAAGGCGAUCGGUGAAUAGACAAGCAACAUCAUGGCUUCAAGUUCCGAAAUAGGGCUUGCAGCAGCCUUAAAUAUCCUCACUGCAUUUGCAUUCUUGGUUGCAUUUGCCAUACUUCGUAUUCAGCCCUUCAACGAUAGAGUAUAUUUUCCAAAAUGGUAUCUGAAGGGGUUAAGGAGCAACCCGCUUCAAUCAGGCGCAUUUGUGCAAAAGUUUGUUAACUUAGAUUUCAGGUCAUACAUGAGAUUUCUGAACUGGAUGCCUGCUGCACUUCACAUGCCAGAGCCUGAGCUUAUUGAUCAUGCUGGAUUAGACUCUGUUGUUUACUUGAGAAUCUACUUAACAGGACUCAAAAUUUUUGUCCCCAUCGCAUGCCUUGCUUUCACAGUCAUGGUGCCCGUCAAUUGGACUAAUCGGACUUUGGAGCAGUCUAAAUUAACAUACACCGAGAUAGACAAGCUUUCAAUAUCCAACAUUCCAACUGGAUCAAACAGGUUUUUUACCCAUAUAGUCAUGGCUUACGCCUUUACCUUUUGGACAUGCUAUGUUUUGAAAAGAGAGUAUGAGAUAAUUGCAUCAAUGAGGCUGCAUUUUAUUGCAUCAGAACAACGGCGGCCUGAUCAAUUUACUGUGCUCGUCAGAAAUGUGCCGCCAGACCCUGAUGAGUCAGUCAAUGAACUUGUGGAGCACUUUUUUCUUGUCAACCAUCCAGAUCAUUACUUAUCUCAUCAGGUUGUUUAUAAUGCAAACUCACUCUCUAAUAUGGUAAAUGAGAAGAAAAAGAAGCAGAAUUGGCUUGAUUACUAUCAACUGAAGUAUAAUAGAAAUAACCAGUCAAAAAGACCAUCAAUGAAGACUGGUUUUCUUGGCCUGUAUGGGAAGAGUGUGGAUGCUAUUGAUUAUUAUAAAGAUGAGAUUGAGAAACUAAUGAAAGAAAUAUGUAAAGAGAGGGAAAAGAUUACUAAGAGCUCCAAGUAUGUUAUGCCUGCCGCAUUUGUAUCAUUUAAAACACGAUGGGGGGCUGCCGUUUGUGCGCAAACUGAACAAUCAAGAAACCCAACUAUUUGGUUAACCGAGUGGGCUCCGGAGCCACGUGAUGUCUAUUGGGAUAACCUUGCCAUUCCAUUUGUUUCACUCACAAUUAGAAGACUUAUAAUUGCUGUGGCUUUUUUCUUCCUUACAUUCUUCUUCGUGAUUCCAAUAGCAUUUGUACAGUCACUUGCAAAUAUUGAUGGAAUAGUAAAAGCAGCUCCUUUCUUGCAGAGCUUUUUGGAAGUGAAAUUUGUGAAGUCUUUCAUCCAAGGUGUUCUUCCAGGAAUUGCUUUGAAGAUCUUCCUCAUCCUUCUACCCUCAAUUCUGAUGAUGAUGUCUAAGUUUGAAGGAUUCACCUCUAUAUCAGCCCUUGAGAGAAGAUCUGCGACUAGAUAUUAUAUUUUUCAGUUUAUCAAUGUCUUUCUUGGGAGCAUAAUUACUGGGACUGCUUUUCAACAGCUAAAUAACUUUAUCCACCAGUCGGCUAACACUAUCCCGAUGACAAUUGGUGCAUCUAUACCGAUGAAAGCAACCUUCUUUAUAACUUAUAUCAUGGUAGAUGGAUGGGCUGGAGUUGCCGGGGAGAUUCUGAGGUUGAAACCACUAAUAUUCUAUCAUUUGAAGAAUUUUUUCUUGGUGAAAACCGAAAAGGACAGGGAAGAAGCAAUGAAUCCUGGAAGCUUGUCUUUCAACACUGGUGAACCUCAAAUCCAGCUUUAUUUCUUGCUUGGCCUCGUUUAUGCUGCCGUCACCCCGAUUCUGCUUCCUUUUAUAGUCGUAUUCUUUGCCUUGGCUUAUGCUGUAUACCGUCAUCAGAUUAUAAAUGUCUAUAAUCAGCAAUACGAAAGUGCAGGAGCUUUCUGGCCGGAUGUUCAUGGCCGCAUCAUAACUGCACUGAUUGUUUCGCAGCUGCUUUUGAUGGGUCUGCUUAGCACGAAAGAAGCGGCUCAAUCAACUCCGUUGCUUAUUGCACUCCCGGUGCUGACGAUAUGGUUUCACCGAUUUUGUAAAGGCCGGUUUGAACCAGCUUUCAUUAGGUACCCUUUACAGGAAGCCAUGAUGAAGGACACGUUAGAACGCGCAAGGGAGCCAUGUCUAGACGUAAAAGAUUAUUUACAAAACGCAUAUGUUCACCCGGUCUUCAAUAACGAAGACCGAUGGGAUGGAAGUGAUGAUGGUGGAGUCGUAAGUGAGGAUGAUGAGUGGCCGAAAGAGCCGGCACUCGUCCCCACAAAGCGUCAAUCGCGGAUGAACACACCAUCACAGAGCAAAAGGAGUGAGUCGUCACGAACCUUGUUGUCCGUUACAGAUGAAAGAUCAUGUCCGUAAGACGGAUACCGGUUUUGAUGUGAGGGAUUGAGAUUGGGAUUGAAAUGAGGUCUCCUUUUGGUGUACAUAGUUGUUGCUUGGGUAAUGUGUUUGGUGUUUGCAGUUUGGGCCAUCUUGUUCUUGAUGGAAAACCCAUUGUGCCAAUGUCUGAUAUCAUUAAGUGGUU